AUGGCUGGGUUUCGUUUAAUUGAUUUGGCUAAACCUUUACAAUCCAUUUUACCAGAAAUCGAACUCCCUUAUGAAAAUAUUCCAUUCGAUGAUAAAUUAAUUUAUACUUUUGUCUCUGCUUUGGUCUAUAUCUUAUGUCAAUUCCCAUUGGCCUCUAUCUCCAAAGAGCAUAUCGACGUGAAAGAUCCAAUCUUCUUCUUACGUAAUGUUUUUGCCUCUGAAACUAAGACUUUAAUGGAAUUUGGUUUAUUCCCAUUGAUUUCAUCUUCUUUAAUCUUACAGUUGAUGGCUGGUCUAAGAUUGAUUGAUAUCAAUUUCAAAAUUAAGUCUGAUAGACAAUUGUUCCAAACUUUGACUAAAUUUUUAGCUAUUGUUCAAUACAUUAUCUUGGCUAACAUUUUUAUCUUCGCCGGUUAUUAUGGUUCUAACUUGUCACCAGGCCAAAUUUUGAACCUAAACAUUCAAUUGAUUGGGUCUGGUAUUUUUACUACUCUUUUAUGUGAAAUCGUCGAUAAAGGUUACGGAUUUGUUUCAGGUAUUAUGACUAUUAACACCGUGGUCAUUGCCACUACUUUAGUCUCAGAUGCUUUAGCUUUCAAUCAAAUUGCUAUUUCUGAUUCUGAUGACACUAUUACUGAAGCUCAAGGUGCCAUCAUUAACUUGAUUCAAAGCUUAAGAGCUUCUCAUAGAACUUUGAUGGGUAAUAUUGUAUCUGUAUUCUCAAGAGACUAUUUACCAAACUUAUCCUCCGUUUUAUUAUGCAUAUUAGUUGGGGUUGCCGUAGCUUAUUUGCAUAACAUUAGAAUUGAAUUACCAAUUAGAUCAACAAGAGCAAGAGGUAUGAAUAAUAUGUAUCCAGUCCGUUUGUUGAAUAUCGGUUGUUUAUCGAUUCUUUUCUCUUAUGUCAUCUUAUUUUUCAUCCAUAUCAUUGCCUUUGUUUUCAUUCAAUUGAUUGCUAAGAAUGAUCCAAGUCAUAUUAUUUGUAAAAUUAUUGGUCAUUAUGAAGUAGUUAACAACUAUCUUUAUGUACCAACAUUCCCAUUAUCAUUAUUGACUCCACCAAGAUCUAUUCAAUCAAUGAUUUUUAAACAACCAUUGACUAUCAUUGUUUUCCCACUAUUCUUAGCUACCACUGGUGUUUGGUUCGCCUCAAAAUGGCAAGCUAUCUCCGGUUCUUCUGCUAAGGAUAUUGCUAAUGAUUUCAAAGAACAAGGUAUUACUCUAACUGGACGUAGAGAACAAAACAUUGCCAAAGAAUUAGAAAAGACUAUCCCUACUGCAUCAACUACCGGUGCUGCUGUGUUGGCUUUAACCACUGCAGUUGGUGAAUUUUUAGGUUUGAAAGGUCAAGCUGCUGGUAUGGUUGUUGGUGUCUGCGGUGCUUUUGCCAUCUUAGAAUUUGUCACAUUAGAAUAUCAACAAUCUGGUGGUCAAAGUAUGUUGGCUCAAGUUUUAGGUGGUGCUGCAUCUGCAUUCCAAUAG